UGGAGGGACCAGAGAGCGGUGGGAGGAGGAAGGAAGAGCAGGGAAGAAGAGACAAGAGAGAGGAGCAGAGGGGCAGAUAGCAAAUAACCAGAUAUAUAACAACAUAGCUAACCAGGUUAACAGAUAACCAGGUUAAUAAUUAGGCAAAGGAGGUUUAACCAGCAGGAGGUGAAUGUGCUUUUGACACAGAUGGAGUCGGAGGAGAAUCUGGUCAACAUUUUCCUGCUGCUGCUGUUCAGUGCAGUCUUCACUGUGGUAGGUCCUUCUACCCCUGAGGAAGGCUGGCAGGUGUACAGUUCAGCUCAGGAUGCUGAGGGUCGAUGUGUUUGUACGGUGGUUGCUCCUCAGCAGUCAGUCUGCUCCAGAGAUGCUCGAACAAAACAGCUAAGGCAGCUGCUGGAGAGGGUUCAGAAUAUGAGUCAGUCCAUUGAGGUUCUGGACCAAAGGACUCAAAGAGAUCUGCAGUUUGUGGAGAAAAUGGAAAUUCAGCUGAAGGGUCUCGAGAAUAAAUUCAAACAGGUGGAAGAUGGACACGAGAGCAACAUCGCCCGACAGUACAGGUCCAUCAAAGAAAAGAUGGAGGAGUUACGUCCUCUGAUCCCAGUACUGGAGACCUACAAGGCGGACGCUCUGCUGGUGCGGCAAUUUAAGGAAGAGGCAGCUAAUGUGACAGAUAUGCUGGGAAACCUGCAGGAACAACUUGGGGGUCUGGACUACCAGGAGCUCCACAGCAGAGUUAUGAGCCUGGAGGACCGGCUGAAGGCCUGCAUGCAGAGGCUGGCCUGUGGGAAGCUGACAGGAAUCUCUGAACCAAUCACCAUCAAGACCUCUGGAUCUAGAUUUGGAUCAUGGAUGACUGACCCGCUUGCCCCAGCUGGAGACAAUAGAGUGUGGUACAUGGAUGGUUAUCAUAACAACCGUUUUGUUAGGGAGUAUCAGUCGAUGUAUGACUUUAUGACAACGGAUAACUUCACCUCUCAUCGCCUGCCUCACCCCUGGUCUGGUACAGGCCAGGUGGUCUAUAACGGAUCCAUUUACUUCAACAAGUUUCAGAGUCACACAAUCAUCAAAUUCGACUUCAGCACAUCGCUCAUCAGCCGCUCCAGACAGCUCGACUUCGCCGGCUACAACAACAUGUACCAUUACUCCUGGGGAGGGCAUUCUGACAUUGACCUUAUGGUGGAUGAGGGAGGGCUCUGGGCUGUCUAUGCUACCAAUCAGAAUGCUGGAAACAUCGUCCUCAGCCAGUUAAAUCCAAAUACUCUACAGAUCAUCCGCAGCUGGACCACCAACCAUCCAAAACGCAGUGCUGGCGAGGCCUUCAUGAUCUGUGGAACACUGUACGUGACUAAUGGAUACUCUGGUGGAACCAAAGUGUACUACGCCUACUCCACCAACUCCUCCACCUAUGAGUACAUCGAUAUUCCUCUGACCAAUAAAUACAGUCACCUGUCCAUGCUCGACUACAACCCUCGGGACAGAGCGCUGUACGCCUGGAACAACGGUCACCAAGUCCUUUAUAAUGUUACACUCUAUCACAUCAUACAGUAACAUAAAGAGCAAAGAAGUUCCAUAAUAUUAGUCUGCUAGACGUUAAACAGUAACGUUAAGAAUAAAUUUAGGUUAUCUUUAAAACUUGAUAAAAUAACACAAUAAAAGACAAGCCCCGUGUACUUUUACUGUCUUAACUUCCAAUAAAAAAAGAGAAAAAAUAAUUCUUUGUUGGGUGCCAUAAUAUUGCUAUGUAAAACAAAAUACAGUAACUAAAAGAGCAAAUACAAACCUUAACCAAAUCCUCAUUUUGACUUGACAAAUGUCAGAGGAACAUAGAGUUAUCUUGUUACUUAAGGAUAAAAAGAAGUUUAUUAGCCUAGCUUAGCACUGUUGUGAUAAUCUUAUCACUCGACUAGCUGGUCUGUAGUCAGGUUGUUCAAUCAACAGUUUAAACAUACAACCCAACCUAUAAUUCAGAAUGUUACAGAUACAGCGCAAGGCUAAUGCCCCUACAGUAUGGUAGCUGGUGAACAGAUGGCUCCAAUGCUAACUGCUACUUAGACUUUAGCAUAUACAGGUGAUUUUUUUUAAAAGCUAGGCUAAACACGUCCCGACACUCUCUAUACUAAAGUUUUUCAUCAAUUUGGUUCUUUGUGGUCUAUAAUGAAAUAAAUAUAAAGUUACAUUUUGACUGGUAGGUUUUUUUAAGGUCAUUAAAAAAGGUUCACACAAAUGCACUUCAAAUGUGAACAACACAAUGAUACAAUCACAGCAAUGGAACUCUGUCACAAUACAAGACACUGAAAUGUUUUAAGUAUUUGAUGGUGCACAGAAGAAUGCUACACAUUUUUUACAAAGACAUUUUCUUCGGGUGACUUUUUCUGACACUGAAAUCAAAUGUACUGUUCUGACUCUGAAGUAAUGAUAGUAAUAACAAUACAAAUAAUAGUAAUAAGUUCCUUAUGACUGUUGUGCAUUAAAAGUAAUACAAAAGAUUUAUAAGGGUUACACUUUCCGACAAUAUUUCAGUUUUUAGUACCGCUAUUAGCCUCUACCACAUCCUCACAACAGGUUGAAAAUUAUGUCAGAUCACUGACCUGAAGCCACAAAAUAAGCAUUCAACCCAUUGACUAGGAUGUGUGUGCUGGUGUGUUUUAUUAGAAUUUUGUUUGGGAUCCUGACAGUUAAUCACAAACUACAUAUUAAACCAGUUUUUCGUGGCUUAACAAAACUUCAGAAUCCUUUGGUUUUCUGGUAUGUUUCAAAGUGACGUAGGAGUCCUCAAUGCCAAGAAGCCACUGAAAUCCUACUUCUUUAGCUCAGGAGCCUCCAUCUACACAUCUGUACUCCAGCAGGUGGCUGUCUGUCCACUGGCAGUUCAAUAUUGGUCCAUUAAUAGGUCAACCUCUGACAGUGUGUAUACUGGCAAGUCAAUGUCUGUCUAUUGGCAGAUUGAUGUCUGUCCAUCGGAUUAUUGUUGGCAAGUUCCUUUGUCCAUCAGUAUGUUUGUUUGUUACUGGGAUGUUGAUAUCUUUUCAGACAAGUGUGGUUCCGUCCAUCAUCAGAUUGGUAAAUCCAACGGCAGGAAAAUAGCUGUUGUUGUCUGUUCAACGGCAGGUUUGUGUCUGUCCUUAAGGUUAAUGUCUCCUCUGUCAGUCAUUGUCUGUCUACAGGCAAGCAAACUUUGUUUUACUUCUAUGUCUUUGGAAGCUUCCAUUGGCAGAUUGUCUGUACUGGCAAGUUGGUUUCUCCACCAUCAGGUUGAUGUCUGUCCACAUGCAGAUUUGUGUCUAUCAAUCAUCAGGUUGUUAAGUCCAAAGGCAAUCGUUUGCUUGGCUGUCCAUUUAAAGUUUUGUAUCUGUCCGUCAACAGGUUUGUAUGUCCUCUGGCAGUAAUCAUCUGUACACUGGAACUUCUGCCCAGCAGACAGGAUUUUUUUUUAUCGAAGGGUUCACUGGCAUGUCAUUGUCUGUCAACUGACAAGUUGGUGUUUGUCCACCAUUAUGUUGGUGUAUAUCCACCAAGUCAUUUUGUCCACCAGGUUGGUCUGUGUGUGUCCGCUCACCAGUGUCAGUCCAUUGGCAGGUUUUAUUUUUUAUUUUCUUUAAUUUGAAGUUCAUUUUGGACAUGUGAAAUAAAAAAGGAAAACUUAAAAAAAUGUCCAUCUAUCAUCAUGGGGGUGUACAUCCUAUAGCAGUUGUUGUCUACCCACUGCAUUGGCCUUGUAAGCCAUCAGAAGAUUGGAGUUUCCGGCAUGUUUUUUGUCCAGUGGCAGGUUGGUGUGUCCACUGGCUGGUCAAUAUCUGUUCACUAUGGUAUCAGUGUGUUCACUCGCAAUUUGUUUUUGUCCAACCAAAGUUAUUUUUUUCAAAUGCUAGGUUGGUCAAGUAUUUAUUUAGUAACUGAAUGUGUCAGGAAUGGCAAUCAGGCUCUGCUGGUCCAGUUUAAAGCCCAGCCUGGAACUGUCACGAUCAGAGGACUUGUUUUUCGUUUUGUUUUUUACUCUCUUUUGUGCUGGUAUUGUCAUUGUUUUUCACAAACUCCUAAAUAUUUAACCCAUUCGUGUAGGUUUUAUUUGUCAAGUAGUGAGUAGAGGAAAGACAUUUAUAAGGAAUUUCUUGAGGGAAUUGUAUUUCAAUUAAACAGUGCACAACUAUUUUCUAUUGCUUCUUCUUCAUGGUUUGUAUUUCAACACAUUCUAAACAUGUGAUGUCAGACUUUUGCCUCCUAUGUUACAGCAGAGUGUUGAAUAUGUGUAAACUGAUGGAAACAGCAGACAUGAUUAAUUAUCUAAAGAAAGAAAACAGCAGACAGCAUGAUAAAUGUGUGUAAAAGAUUUUUCUGUUUGGUAACCACUGGCCUUAACAGACGUGAUUUGCAUCACCCAACCCCAUCAGUUGGAGGUUGUUUUUUUCAUUUGUUUAUUCUUUUUUUAAGUCAAAUAAAGAGGCUCCACUUGAUAAAUGAA